UUCCGGGCCUAAUUUGAAACAGAUGACUCGUUCUCGCGAAGCUAAGCGGAGUCCAGAUUUGAAAAACAAGAGAGAAAUAAAUUAUCGCUUGUUUGAAAGAUCAGAUCGAAACUUGAAAUCAGAAAAAAAAAAAAUGACGAUGUUUCACUUCUUCAACUGUGCGAUUCUCACCUUCGGUCCUCACGCCGUCUACUACUCCGCCACUCCCUUAUCGGAGUAUGAUACGCUUGGUACCUCUGUUAAAACUGCCCUUGUUUAUCUCGGAACAGCUUUGGUAAAGCUUGUUUGCCUGGCAACGUUUUUGAAGGUGUCUGAGACUGAUGGCUUUGAUCCAUACCAGGAACUUUUGAAAGCACUGAUUGGUUUUAUAGAUGUUGCUGGGCUUUAUUUUGCUUUAACACAGUUGACUCACAGGAACAUCUCUCAAAAUCAUAAAUUUCAAGCUGUAGGACUCGGAUGGGCUUUUGCUGAUUCAGUUCUACAUAGAUUGGCACCCCUUUGGGUAGGAGCAAGAGGACUAGAAUUCACUUGGGAUUACAUUCUGCAAGGCCUGGAAGCAAAUGCUAAUUUGGUGUUGAGUAUAUCUCUUGCAGCAUUGGGAUCUUUGAUGUGGCUUCGCAAGAACAAGCCCAAGACAUUGAUUCCCAUAAUAUAUGCAUGUGCUGCAAUUGUUGCAACCAUGCCAUCCAUUACAAGCUAUCUAAGGCGAGGAUUGGGAUGGCACUUUCCAAAGGUGGUCGGCUUUGAAUUGUUCACAUCUUUGGUGAUGGCUUUUAUUAGUUGGCAAUUGUUUUCUGCAUGCCAAAGGCCCUCUGUAUGAGGAGCAUAUUUUACGCCCUGCAUCGAGAUUUUCAUUGGCUAUCAAUUCCACUUCACGAGAUUCUUUCCUACUCAGUUUUUCUUCAGGUUCUUCUGUUGUCUGCAUUAAGUUUCAAUUGUCUUUGAUGUAGUUUAAAGGUUUUUAUUGUUGUUGGAACUAUCUAACAUUAAUACAAAGAUUUUCGCCGAAGGCAUGAUACUCAAAUUUUGUAUCUCCUAAAAAUAGAGAAAAGUUUUAAAUGUAGAAUUUGGUAGCAUUAUUGUUCCAUACCUUCUCUUCAAGGAAACAACCAAAAAGAAUUCGCAUCAACAUUGGACAAAAGAUUAAAAGAGGUUUUUGUCACCAAAGCAAGACAAAUCCUUGAACACAAAAGUGCUCACUGUCACUGCUCAGAUUCUUCUAAAGAUGCUCAGGCUUUUCAUUGCACGUAGAGGGUAGGGCUUCCCAACUUGUUCUUUCCUUGCCAUGCGCCUUAAAGGAGCUGACAACAUUAGCAAAGCACUGCUCGGUGCACACUGGCAACUCAAAGGAAACAAAAUUUUUGUUUGUUUUGAGACCUCUAUAGGAACUUAUUCCUCCAAUGUAAACCACUUUGGAUGUUCUCUAUCGGAUUUUGCUGAAAUGAAAGGGUUCGGGAUUAUCUUUGAGAUCGAUCGUGCAGGAUUUUGCAGACAGGGAGGGAAACCAAAGGAAGUGCCGUAUGGAGAGAAGCAGUUGAUUGGAGAAACAUGAGAUGAGGGGAUGGGCCCUUUAAAGGAGGAAGCUCUUCAAACAUGCCAUUAUGUCAGGUCGGGUCUCAAAACGUGGGAUAAAUUUGUACAGAACCAACAAUAUAGAGGUUAGACUUCAAGCAGGUUCAUCAAUGGCAGUAGAAAAUGCAUGAAAACAAAGAUAUCAGUCUAGUUUCAAAUGUUAU